GACCGAAUGGACGCAGCGACAUCCACCCAAGCUGCGCGCAAAUCCUCUCCUUAACGCGACGACCAGAAGCGCCUGUUUGGAUAUGUAGCCUUCUGACGCGCGUUUCUUCUCAUUAGGAGCGCAUUUGGCACGAUUGAGGAAGAGAGAGAGAAAAAAAACGAUUCUUCAUCCAUUGAUUGAAAAGGAUCCCUGAAUGGAAGACGGCUAAAAGCAGGAACACGAAGGGGAACGAUUUUAUUGUUUUUUCCAAUUUCUAUUUUUAUUUUUGAUAGUCUGCAACAGGAAGAAAAAACAAACAAAACGGCAGCAGCCUCGGCGGCUGCAGACGACGCCGUCCCUGUCAGGGCUUAUGGCGUGAAAGAGGCAGAAAAGCCCCUCAGAAUGAGAAGCGCCUCAGAUUCGUCGUUAUUAUUGCGGAUUUAAAUGCCUCUCUCCAAGGGGCCACCGACGCGCUAUUUUGGUCUGCUCUGAGUGCACGGCGGCUCAACCCGUCAUUAAAAAAUAAACAAUUCAUACCCUUAAAAAAAUCUGGACUCAAUCAGGUGGACUAAUCAGAAUCUAACACAAAUAAAAAAAAAUUCCUUUAUUUUUUUUUAAGCAAUAUGGCUGGUGAGUGGGGCUGGGGACGCUGGCACAGGCUCUCCAAGGCUCCUCAAUGCUAGCCGAGGCACAUGGCACGGAUCCCCAUGGAAGCGACAGCUCUAUGAGGACAAGCAGCAUCGAUAACAACAACAAACCGGACUCUUCGAUCUUAAUAUCCAAGAUGGAAGGCCUUGUCAUCCCUUACACCUCUGAGGUGCCAUGCGACGAUUAUGGACAGCGCAUGUGGUGGGCUUUCCUCGCUUCCUCCAUGGUGACGUUUUUCGGGGGUCUCUUCAUCAUCCUGCUAUGGAGAACCCUCAAGUAUCUUUGGACUGUCUGCUGCCACUGCAACAUUAAAAAUAAGGAGGCUCAGAAGGUGAAUAAUCCUGCCAAUAAUCCGACAGCAGAUAAGACGACUAAAGGUCCUGAUGAGAAGGAGGAAGCACCAGCUAGCGAGGUGGGAUGGAUGACUUCGGUCAAAGACUGGGCCGGCGUCAUGAUCUCCGCUCAGACGCUCACUGGGAGGGUUCUGGUGGUGUUAGUCUUUGCACUCAGCAUUGGAGCCCUCGGAAUAUACUUCAUAGACUCCUCAGAUCCUAUAGAAUCCUGCCAGUACUUCUACCAAGAUUUUACAUUACAAAUCGAUAUGGCCUUCAACGUAUUCUUCCUUCUCUACUUUGGCUUGCGGUUUAUAGCAGCCAACGACAAGCUGUGGUUCUGGCUGGAGGUGAACUCUGUGGUGGACUUCUUCACUGUUCCUCCAGUGUUUGUCUCUGUCUACUUAAAUAGAAGCUGGCUUGGUUUAAGAUUUCUGAGAGCGCUAAGACUGAUUCAGUUUUCAGAAAUAUUACAGUUCCUAAAUAUUUUGAAAACAAGCAAUUCCAUCAAGCUGGUGAACUUGUGUUCCAUCUUUAUAAGCACAUGGCUCACGGCGGCUGGAUUCAUACAUUUGGUGGAAAACUCAGGGGAUCCUUGGGAAAACUUUGAAAAUUCCCAGUCGUUAUCUUAUUGGGAAUGUGUCUACUUGCUGAUGGUGACUAUGUCUACAGUGGGCUAUGGGGAUGUCUAUGCAAAAACCACCUUGGGGCGCCUGUUCAUGGUCUUCUUCAUCCUCGGUGGUUUGGCCAUGUUUGCCAGCUACGUCCCUGAAAUCAUAGAGUUAAUAGGAAACCGCAAGAAAUAUGGUGGUUCCUAUAGUGCGGUUAAUGGAAGAAAGCACAUUGUGGUCUGUGGUCACAUUACUCUCGAAAGUGUCUCCAACUUCCUCAAAGACUUCCUACACAAGGACAGGGAUGAUGUCAAUGUAGAAAUUAUUUUUCUCCAUAAUAUUUCCCCUAAUCUUGAGCUGGAAGCCUUGUUCAAACGCCAUUUUACUCAAGUAGAGUUCUACCAGGGAUCUGUUCUCAACCCUCAUGAUUUGGCCCGAGUGAAGAUUGAGUCAGCAGAUGCUUGCCUAAUUCUGGCCAACAAAUAUUGUGCAGAUCCUGAUGCUGAAGACGCUUCUAACAUCAUGAGGGUCAUAUCUAUCAAGAACUACCAUCCCAAGAUCAGAAUAAUAACACAGAUGCUACAGUAUCACAAUAAGGCCCAUCUGCUGAACAUUCCCAGCUGGAACUGGAAGGAAGGUGAUGAUGCUAUAUGUCUGGCCGAGUUGAAGGCCGGCUUCAUUGCCCAGAGCUGUCUGGCCCAGGGCCUGUCGACAAUGCUGGCCAAUCUCUUCUCCAUGAGAUCCUUCAUUGAGAUUGAGGAGGACACAUGGCAAAAGUAUUACCUUGAAGGAGUAGCUAAUGAGAUGUACACUGAGUAUUUGUCCAGUGCCUUUGUAGGCCUAUCCUUUCCAGCUGUAUGUGAGCUGUGCUAUGUGAAGUUGAAGCUGUUGCUUAUUGCCAUUGAAUUCAAGUCUGAGCAGAGAGAGAGCAGAAGCCGAAAGCGCAUCCUCAUCAACCCAGGCAAUCACGUCAAGCUGCAGGAGGGAACCCUGGGAUUCUUUAUUGCUAGUGAUGCCAAAGAAGUAAAGCGAGCAUUUUUCUACUGCAAAGCUUGUCAUGAUGACAUCACAGACCCCAAAAGGAUCAAAAAGUGUGGCUGCAAACGACUGAUUUAUUCCAAGAUGUCCGUCUACAAACGAAUGAAACUGGCAUGUUGUUUUGAUUGCGGCCGUUCAGAGCGAGACUGCUCUUGCAUGUCAGGCAGUGUACAUAGUAACAUGGACACCCUUCAGAGGGCCUACCCACUUUCCUCUGUCUCUGUUCAUGAUUGCGCAACCACUUUACGUGCCUUUGAGGACGAGCAUCCUUCGACUCUCUCACCCAAAAAAAAGCAGCGCAAUGGGGGGAUGCGAAACUCACCCAACUGCUCACCCAAAAUGAUGAGUCGACAUGACCCCCUCCUAAUCCCUGGAAAUGAACAAAUUGAAAACAUGGACAUGAACGUGAAGAGGUAUGACUCGACAGGGAUGUUUCACUGGUGCCCUUCCAAAGAAAUCGAGAAAGUCAUCCUGACCCGAAGCGAAGCCUCCAUGACUGUGCUGAGCGGCCAUGUAGUGGUCUGUAUAUUUGGGGAUGUCACGUCCGCUUUGGUGGGGCUGCGAAACCUGGUGAUGCCUUUAAGAGCCAGCAACUUUCACUAUCAUGAACUUAAACCUAUAGUGUUUGUGGGCUCGCUGGAUUACCUUCGGAGAGAGUGGGAGACUUUACACAACUUUCCCAAGGUCUCCAUCUUACCUGGUACACCAUUAAGUCGGGCAGAUUUAAGGGCUGUCAACAUCAACCUCUGUGACAUGUGCGUAAUACUGUCAGCCAAUCAGAACAAUAUCGAAGAUGCCUCUCUGCAGGAUAAGGAAUGCAUCUUGGCAUCACUCAACAUCAAGUCUAUGCAGUUUGAUGACAGCAUCGGGGUCUUACAGGCUAAUUCCCAAGGUUUCACGCCUCCUGGAAUGGACAGGUCAUCUCCAGACAGCAGUCCAGUACAUGGCUUUGUGCGUCAGGCUUCGGUAACCACCGGAUCCAACAUCCCCAUCAUCACAGAGCUAGUGAAUGACUCAAACGUUCAGUUCCUGGACCAGGAUGAUGAUGACGACCCAGACACAGAGCUCUACCUGACUCAGCCCUUUGCCUGCGGAACCGCCUUUGCAAUCAGUGUACUCGACUCCCUAAUGAGUGCGACAUACUUCAACGAUAACAUUCUCACACUAAUCCGGACACUAGUCACUGGAGGAGCCACGCCAGAGCUCGAGGGCCUGCUAGCUGAGGAAAACGCUCUCAGAGGAGGCUACAGCACGCCACAGACGCUUGCCAACAGAGACAGGUGUCGCGUUGCCCAGCUGGCCCUGUAUGAUGGCCCGUUUGCUGACUUAGGGGAUGGUGGCUGCUAUGGCGACCUGUUCUGUAAAGCCCUGAAAACCUACAACAUGCUGUGUUUUGGGAUCUACAGACUAAGAGAUGCUCACCUCGGUACACCAAGUCAGUGCACAAAACGAUAUGUGAUCACAAACCCCCCAUACGAGUUUGAACUGGUGCCCUCAGACCUGAUCUUCUGCCUAAUGCAGUUUGACCACAACGCCGGCCAGUCAAGGACAAGCUUAUCCCACUCUUCCCACUCCUCCCAUUCCUCCAGCAAAAAGAGUUCCUCGGUACACUCUGUGCCCCCCUCCAACAGGCAGAACCGCAGCAGUAAGAGCAGAGAGGCACGUGAAAAACAGAAUGCAACAAGGAUGAAUAGAAUGAGCCAAGAAAAGAAAUGGUUUACAGAUGAACCGGAAAAUGCCUAUCCGAGGAACAUUCAGAUCAAGCCCAUGAGCACACACAUGGCCAACCAAGUCAACCAAUACAAAUCCACUAGUAGCCUGAUUCCACCAAUCAGAGAAGUUGAAGAUGAAUGCUGAACAGGGGCAGGGGGUUUCUUUGAUAACUCACCAGACAUCUGUGUGACCUGUCUUGAAGAGUCGGGCGGAAAUCGCUAGACAAGAUGAGACGAUAUUACCGACAGGGGUAUUGAAGACUCUUCUAUUCACUCUUUCUUCCAGUCAAGGGUUGGACGGAAGGCCGGACUAGAAGGGAUCUCCUGUGUGCAUACCCUAAAUGUUACUUCCAUGCUUUGGACUCUAUUUAAUUUAUGUAUCCAUAGAGUUGUACAUAAUGACAAUCAAAUAAGGACUGUACAGCCCCUCUCCCCUAGCACUUUUUAAAAUAAUUUUAAGAAAAGAAAAGUACUUCCUGUUAUUCUUUGCAAUAGUUCACCUCUUCAUGAGACUGUGGAUAAAGCGAUGGUGGGUUAUUGGAGAAUGAGGAUUGAAGCGAUAAACUGAAAUAUCAUCUCCCAAAGAUCAACCCAGGUGUGUCACGCAAAACCAGCUGGGAUUCAUCGUCACUGUAUUUUCUGUUUGCUUCUGUUUUCUAUUUGCACUAAAACAUACAAAAAGCCUCUUUUGACAGAAGAACUGGAGGCAUCACCCCCCCUCUGGUAAAUUGUCUCCAAGGAGAUUUACAUACGGAUGGAGUGAAAAAGGAAGAAAGGGAAGAGAAGGGACGCUGGGCUUUGGAUGCAUUCUAAUCAUGUUCUUCUUUUGUUAUCCAUCAUGUUGUCGCUUAUGGUGUGCAGAUAUACCUUGAAUCAUCACUUUGAGCAAGACCAUUCCAGCCCUGCAGAGCAUAAUCACCUUGUAAAGCAGAAAUCUAUUAACUCAGAAAAUGGUGCAAUGAAGGUUCAUGCUUCUUUGAAAGACAACUCUGUACCCAUAUGCUUUCUGCAGAUAUGUUGAAUUCUUAGCCUGAAAUUCACUUUCAACCUCACAUGUGUGCCUAAUCCUCCUAAAUAACACACUGUGGCGGUUCUUACACAAAUUAUACACUGAGCAAGCCCCUCCUUCUGCACCUUCAGAAUAUUUAAGCAGUAUUUAGGGGUUUCUGUCCAGAGUAGACUUCUGUUUAGGUUUGAUCUAGAAUUUUUAAUUUCAAAUAAAUACAAUCUAGAUUAAACCAAAAUGAAGAAAUUGCCUUUUAAUUUAAUGGCAACAAAAGUAAUUAAUCAUAAAUGUUUAACUUAGAGCUUUUACACUGUGCAAAAACAGGGCUGCACACAUAAAUAAUUGACUGGACAUGCAAAUAUACAACAGAAAUCCAUACUUCCCAAGCCUGCCAACAAGUGCUUGUGAUGUCCUCUUUUGGGAUGCUGUAUUGGCAGUGGGCCAUUUCACCCACAUCAAAAACGGCCAUUAGCACAAACUUUAUAGUGUGGUUGAUUGGCCUGAAAACAUAGAAAGGUUUUCUAGCCUGUUCACUCUGUCACAUAAUCAGUUCUGUGUGUAAACCUGUGCAGCCACGUGUUUCUCCUGAGUCAUGCUUAUCACUGUAAAGCAUCCAUUUUAACUGGAUUGUAUGCAUUGAUGCUUUCUGGAGGGAACAGCAUGAACUAUCUUAGUACUAAAAUAAGACUACUAACACUAAUAACAACUAAAGGAUUUGGAUCUGCAAAUAUUCCUCAGCUAUGUUGGAUCUAGCAUGGAUGGCAGCUGGUUGGCCUUCCUGAACAUGCUGCCAUAGAAAGGUGGCACAACAGGGAUCACAAAGUAGAAUGUCAUAUUUUUCUUUUUUUUCACCUUAAAGUUUGUCUCUGUGAAAGUGAAUGCCACAUAGUGCAUAAAAGUGGGCAUUAAUGGGCCUCCUUUGAUCAAAGUCACUGCCUGGUACAGGAUUGGCACAGAGGCAGUUAAAGCUUGGAUGUUCUCUGCUGCCAAUCCAGAUAUCACAUACUUCAAAGACCCUGGGAGUUAACCAGCUGUUUCUAUCCUACAAGACAAUCAUAGUUGAGGAAAUUUACCAAGUCCACAAACGGCAUUAAAGAACGCUAAAGAGGUGUUUUUGUUCUUAAUGCCAGCCUGUGAGCACCUCUAGAUCCAAAUCCAGCACUUAUGGGGUAAAAAAAACCCUACAGAAAUGUCUUGGUGGAUUUAUAUAUUUAAACUUUAUUUUAUAUGCAUAAACAUAGCCAAUUUGUAUUUAUUUUUCUAAUACAGAAUCUAGAAUAAAUUGCUUUUUGAGAUAGUCAUAACCUUUAACAUAUCAAAAAAUUUGUGUUUAAAAGAUCACUUUAUUUUCACAAUGUAUUAAAUUCAGUCAACCCCUGCACCCUCUAACGGACUACAUCACUCUGGAGCAGAACAAACUCAGCUCAGCUCCAUGGAGUGCAUGCAGAACUGAACUUGAGUUCACCUUAAUCAUUGUUUAUUUGCAUUGUGUCUACGAAUCAAUGUGUAAGGGUAAGAUGUAGGCGAAUUAUGUUCUUAGGGGGUGGAAUUGAGAAACUGGAUUGAUGAUGAAGAGUCUAAGAAGAAAAGGUUGCUCCCACUGUGCCCAGGCCAGAACUAACUGACCUACAGGAGACGUGUUUGACCUAAAUUAGGUCUCCGGUGUGGGGAAAGAGGAUGCGAAAAAUCACGGCACAGUGUGCUCGUGUUUUCAUGAGACAGAAUAAUUUAAUAAGGUAAAUAAAUAUGGCCUGGAGAUGCUGUCUAUUUACUGCAGUGAUUCUCUUCUCUGAGGAAAGGUUACUCUAAGCAUAGGAUACUGUUUUGGAAUAUAAAAUGAAAAAUAUUGUGCAAAAUAUGUUUGUGUAAACUCAACCCAUGAUAUAGACCACAUGUCUUUCUCAAACGAAAUGAUCCAAGCUUCAGUGUUUGUCUAUUGGAUGUAACUAUACUGGCGCUUCAUACACAUUGUCCUGAAGUGAACUUUUGGAACUGUGAUUACAUCAUUGUCACACAUUGUAGCAAAUAGAUUCCUUUCAUGAAAAAAAAUAAUAAUAAUGUGAGAAAAAUAUUUGUAUAAUUGGAUUGUUUAUAGCAGAUUUACUUGUCGCCUGAAUGCUAAGAAAUUAAUACUGUGACAAUGACUCAAACAGAAUUGACAACUUACAGUAUAUCUUAAAGAUAAGGAAAAUAAGAUCUUGGGUUUUAUUUAAGAAUGCAGAGAUUAUUUAAAGAAAGUAAGAUCUAGUUAAACACCUAGAAUGGAAGGUAGCACCAAUUCAGCAAGUGUCAUCAAAAGGCAGAACAUCCUCAGCUUUCCUGGGUUUUACUUUUUUGUAAUCCAAGGUUUACAUUCCAUUUUGUUAGCUUUGUCAUUAUCUGUCACAAACUGUCACAACUGCCUUUUAUUUGUUUACACGUUAAGGGAUUUAAUAAUUCAAACUGACAGCACAUGAAUUAAUGCGUCAUUUAUUUUCCCUAUACUUGUAUGUUUGUUUCUACCUGAGCCCCCAUUGUGCAACCUAUUUAAACCAAGGUUUUAAACAAAAUUGUUGCCCUCAAAUUCAGAAAUGUCUUUGUAUUGUAUACCUCCGAAGGUUUUUUUUUUUUUGUUUAAGUGCCAUGAAGCAGUCAUCCUUCUGUCAUCCAGAAAAACCUCAGAAAACAAUAGUCCUUUUUUUUUUUCUCCACUCUAAGAAAUAGUAUCUUGUACUGGCAUGGAGAACAUCCAAGCCACUAAUGCCUCCAUGCCAGUAUAGUGCCAGGCAGUGUAAAGAUCGGGAGGAGGUCCCAAAAUAAAGUCCCACUAAAAGCGAAAAGUGGCAUUCAGGAGUUGGUAUUGGGGCUGGCUAAAGUUCAAUUCACAGAAAUUGUUUCAUACUUAGUGUCUUUUAUAGCAGUUCAGCUCAAGCUGUGCAGUAGGAUGUGGAUGACUGAAGGAUUCACACUAGCCCAUUAAGAAACAGCACACAUCAAAGAUCGAAUGCGAUGCAUGACUAUUUGGACAGUAUGUUGUAUUUUUAUUUUAUUUUCAGUUUUAAUGUUAUUUCCCUAGCUGUAAAAGAGAGUAUACUUUAUUCAAAGGCGAUUGUACUCGAUACAUCUCAUAAGAGGGAAAUGGAGGUACGUCUCAAGUCUUAACACAUUAAAGUUGCAUUCAGCAAAUUUGUCAAAAAAGGUUGCUUUUAUCAUUUCAGGAAGAAUUCAGAAUAUUAUUGUUGAUUAUCCUAGAUAGGAAAUGUUGGCAUAUUGUCAUUGCAGAAUACAGGAGUCUGACAUAGCCUUCUAAUUACUUUGGAUGUGUUUGGAUAUGAAGGGGAAAGGAUUAUUUGAUGGUGCUGAGUUGAUCUACCUGACUCUAUCAAAUAUAAUCUGAUGAUAAAUAUUCUGUCUUGUAAAAAAAAAUAAAGUUUGUACAUAGGUUGUACAUUAUUUCUUUUUGUAUUUUCUCAAAUUAAAAUGGAUGUAUUU